GCGUCCCUUUAAGCAAGCCAAGCCACGGCGCCAUUUUAGUAAUCUUAUUUUCACAUCUUCUUUUGUGUUUGAUUCUUCAUAAUUCAAUUCGCAAUGAGUCGCCGCUCAGAGCAUACGACCAAAGUGUUUGUCGGCAGCUUGCCGCCAAAUGUAACUCCUGAAGACCUGAAGCAACUUUUUGCUCCCUAUGGCGCGAUUGCAGAGUGUGAUAUCGCGAAUCGCUGCGGAUUUCUCCACCUGGAGGACAAAGAUUUGGCUGAGAAGGCGAUCACCGAGCUGAACAACACCACCUUUAUGGGCGGUCGAAUUUCCGUCGAAAAGGGUAGAGUCAAACCUAGAGGAUCGGACAGAAGGAUGCGAACUGGAAGGGGCGGACCUAUGGGACCCAGAAAACGUGAUAUGGGGCCUUAUUCUCGUGAAGGCAACUUCCCGCCGCGCGGUCCAAGGAAUGGAAGUUACGGCAGAGAGUUCAAUGCCUAUGACGAUUUUCAUGGAGAUUAUGGAAGAUUUGAUGAUGGAUAUGAUAGGCGUCCACCUAUGUACGAUGACAGACGAGGCGGCGGUUACAUGGAUCGCAGACCAUUCAAUGGUUAUGAUAGGAGGCCCUACAGUGAUGAUAGAGGUCAAUACGAUGAGCCUCCUAGGGCUGCUUAUGAUGACAGGAGGAUGCCCCCAGCUGGACCUAAUUCAUUUGAUGAACGUAGACCUCCUGUUGUGGAUCGCAGACCUUUGAUUGAUGAGCAGGCUAUGGGCCAAGGGACAGCUAGACCUCCAAUGCCAGGUUAUGACAGGAGUGUAACAACAAGUGAUAUGUUCAGCAGAAGGGACUCUGCUCCAAAACCAAUUUCUAACAAUUACGAUCGCCAGAGCCAGACCAGCUACGGUACAACUUAUGGUGUGACUGCUCCAAAUGGCGGUUACGGUGUGGCGAUUCCCGAUGGCGUGUACGGAACCCCUGCGGCCGGAAAUUACGGCCAACAAGCAGUAGGAGGGUACGCGGAUACCAGAGGUCAGACGACUGCUGCCUCCUACAUGGACAACAGGGGUCAAUCGCAGCAGCAGGCCGGCACCAUGGCCGCAGGCUUCGGGACCGUCCAAGGCUCCUCCUACAGCACUACCCCUGUGGGCGGCUACGGUGAUAAUUACGGUGUUCGUCCACCGACCAAUACUUACGACACCGCUUAUCCUCCACUACCUCAGCAGAGAGGUUUCGCAGGUGGUAAUGCCCAAGGCCCCCAUAGAGAUAUGCCACCAGUCCGCAGGUAUUAAUUCGGGGCGCAUUAAUCGGAAUAAUCAUAAUCGCGGAACGUAAAAUUAAGCGGAAUUCGUAAACAUACGUAUACAUGAACAUAUACAUACAUUUUAAAUUAACAAUUAGACGAUCGAUUCGAAAAGAUUAAAUGUUUCCACAUUGGAAUUGUAAAUCCAGAUCAGUACGCAAAACUACUGCAAGGAUUGCCUGUAAUUAUUAACUUACUUUUGUUGUAUAAGGAAAUUUAUUAGUUUAGUUUUUUUUUCAUACUUGCACUGUAUUAAAAAAUGGUCAUUUGAAGCGUUUGUUUUUGUUUUCUUUUUUUUUAAUAACUGCUUCUCCGGAGCAGUGAUGGGCGGUCCAUUUGUCCCGCACGUGUUUCGAACUUAUUGCGAUCAAUAAAAUAACAAUGUAGCCUCGUGUUUGCGUCUUUUAAACUAAAUCAAUUAUCGACAAUUAAGGUGUCCACAUAAGAGUAACGCCCUGAAACUAAUCGUUUGGUGAGUAUUUUAAUUUUGUUUUUUUUUACCAUUACCUAGCCUCUACCUUUUUUUCUCAUCUAUCAUUCGCAAAUAUCUUAUCGAUCUCCUUCAUUCAGUCGUUAUUCGGUAACUACUUUUAGACACAUCGUUUCUCGCAAAUUGUUUAGAAGCCAAUAAUUGACGAACACAAUUUUGAUUAAGUGUUUUUUAACAACCAAAACAACCCCAACCAUUUCUAUGGAAAAAAAGGUUUGCUCAUCAUUGCUUCGGAAGAGUCCUUUCGCAAGUCUAAUAAGAUGAUUAGGAUUCAAUAUGAUGAUGUUUUUCGAGCGUUUAUUGCGUAUGUGAUACACGGAGAUGCGGCGACGAUGGUGUUUUUCUUUUGUUGUUUUGGAUUUGGCGCAAAUCGUUGGUUUUUGCUUCACUAAUGGAACGUUAAAAAAAUGGUAUUUGCGGCAAGUUGUUAAAAAGCUAUGAAGAGGGUUUUUUGUCGAAGAGAAAAAUCUGUGAAUUUCUGCGGCCUCUCCUACGCACACACACACAGCGCUCGCUCUAAGGGGGAUGAUUGCGUUCCGGACCGAACUUUGCGUCUAUUUAAACACAAGGUCCGACGAAAAAAAAAA